GAGUUAUCAUAAUGAAUGCGGAACAAAGUAAGAGUCUGCUUUCUAGCGGGCACCUUUCGGCCGAUCCAUACAUCAAUAACUGUUAUUCCGAAAUGUGCAUGUCAACGACACAAGUUGCACCACAACCUGGGAAGCACAAAAUCGGAUGGGUGAUCGCAGCAAUAUUUAUCAUUGCCGAUAUGGUUGGAGGAGGAGUUGUAGCAAUGCCUGUCGCAUUCAAAUUGUCUGGACUUCCAAUGGGUAUACUUAUAAUGCUUACUGUAGCAGUUAGUUUCGAAUACACUGGAUACCUUCUCGGUAAGGUAUGGAACAAAAUAAUGGAGAGGAAUCCACAUAUUGGUGUCUGCCGGAAACCGUUUCCAGAGAUGGCAAAAAGAACAAUGGGAACCAAUAUGCAACGGUUCACGUCAGUUCUUGGUAAUGUAACUCAAUUUGGUGUAUCAGUUGUAUACCUUCUGCUGUCAGCAAAUAUUAUUCAUUUCUUCAUUAGCCAUGUUCUACACGUUGAUAGCAUUUCUAACUGUUUAGUAAUUACUGUACUUGCAUUCCUCAUUUGGCCAUUCACAUUGUUGGCAAGUCCAGGAGAGUUCUGGGUUGUCAUUGUGUUCGCCAUGUUGACUACAGUAAUCGCAGUUGUCUCAAUCCAUACUGGAAUUGCUUUGGACUCGACUGCAUGUUUCUCAGCUGUAUCAUAUCCAGUGACAACAAGCACAUCAACAAUUCUUUCGUUUGGAAUCUUUUUGUUUGCUUUCUCUGGGCACUACGUAUUUCCAACAAUUCAACACGAUAUGAAGAAUCCAAGAGAUUUCACAAAAUCGAUAUUUGCUGGAUUCUUGGGUGUUGUCAUUCUUUAUCUUCCACUCUGUAUAUUUGCAUUUGUGGUUUAUGGAGAUUCAAUGACUGAUUCAGUUAUUUACAGUAUUCAAAGUCCUUCAUUGCAGCUUCUUGCCAAUUUGAUGAUCUCAUUUCAUUGUAUAAUGACUCUUGUAAUUGUAAUUAAUCCAUUAAAUCAAGAAGUUGAACAUUAUGCAAAGAUCUCACAUGCCUUUGGAAUUGGAAGAGUUAUUACUAGAACUAUUGUUCUAUUCUUGGUUCUUUUUGUCGCACUGACUGUUCCAGAUUUCCAACCUGUUAUGAAUCUUGUUGGAGCUUCAACAAUUCCAAUGGGAUGUGCCGUCCUUCCUUCACUUUUCUACUUGUACUCAGAAGCUGCCACAGAAGAGGAAUGGAGGAAAGGAAAGAUUCCAACACUCAGAGAAGUAUUGGAUCGGACAGACAAAACUGUUUUGAUUAUCAACCUUAUCAUCAUCUUCGGAGCCAUUCUUGGUGGAGUGCUCGGAUCAUAUCAAGGAGUUCUCAAACUGAUCAAAGCAAAGUUUACCGAACCAUGUUAUAUACGGUUAUUCACUGAAACCACCUACAAUUCUACAUUCCAAGUCAAAAAUGUUUGCUGUGGCGCAAACCGAGACAUCAACGUGUUCAAUGUGACCGAUUUCUGCUAAACUCCAUCAAAUUGUUCAUCCUCAUCGAAUCGUUCACUUCCAUCUCUUCAACAUUCACUUUUUGUUCAUUUAAUGAAAACAGUCUUCUAUGUAUCAAGUCUUCUUGUUCCACAACUGUCAUUUCUGACAUCAUUUUGUACAUUCUAGAUAUAGAUGAGUUCAUUCACACUUUAGUUGUUCCGUAUGUUUACACGGGACCUAUUUUCUUUCUUUUUUCCUCAAUAAUCUCAUUACCCUGUCUUAAAUCUAGUCAUCCAUCCUCACAAGAUCCAAAACACAAAGAAACAAUGAGAAAAACAGGAACACUUUUUCUUGGUUUCUUCUGUAUAUCCUAAAAUCUCAUUUCAUUUCAUCGUUUUCUCUUUUUUUUUUGUCAGUAAUUUAAUCAAUAUUAUAUAUAUAUAAUGUAUUUAAUUGAUGGUUUCUUUACAGGUAACCACUUUCUACCCCCGUCCCUCACACAAAACCCCAGUACUUUCCAUUGAUUUUGGAGCAAAUAAAUAAUUAAAUAAA